UGUCAAAAAUGAGAAAAUCUUGACGAAAACUCGACUAAAUGAAUACAUAAACAUACUAGAGUAAUUACGCUAACAAAUCAGUUCCCAUUCACCUCACUUCCUCAUUUCAUGUAGCGAAUAAUAAGUUUGCGUCUUCGCGUUUAAUCUGAAUCGACUCCCGAUAGUGUGAUAUGUUUGAUACAGAACUGUAGCUAUGGCUUCCAAGAAUGAUAUUGUGAAUAGACUUGUAAGCGUAAGGCUUGAGGAAGAUGCCAAUGGUGAAGAAAAUCCUCCUCAAAAUAUGCUACCAUCUAAUCAACAAUCAAGACAGGGUAGUCAUAAUGACGAAGAAAAUGUUCACGCGAACGAGCUGAUGCCGUCGUCGUCUGCAAUAGAGAACCUUCAGCCCACGAACAACACAGGUUGUCGUCUACAUAAUUGGCAAGCGACGAAAACAACUGUUAAGGAACGAUUGUCUUUCCUUUUUAAUAAUGAAAUACUGUCAGAUGUUCAUUUCAUUGUAGGAAAAGAAGCAAAUCAGCAAGUUAUACCGGCGCAUAAAUUUGUUCUUUCCGUCGGUAGUGCAGUGUUUGAUGCUAUGUUCAAUGGAGUACUGGCUACAAAAUCCGAUGAAGUUGAACUACCCGAUGUUGAGCCUGCAGCAUUCUUACAUUUACUAAAAUUCCUCUAUUCAGACGAAGUUAGAAUUGGACCAGAAAGUGUUAUGACGACUUUGUACACAGCAAAGAAGUAUGCUGUAGCUGCUUUAGAGGAACAUUGUGUUGAUUUUCUAAAGAGCAAUCUCGGCACUGAUAAUGCAUUCUUGCUCUUGACACAAGCAAGGCUGUUUGAUGAGCCUCAGCUAGCAGCACUCUGCUUAGAAAUGAUUGACAAGAACACUACUGAUGCUCUAAAUGCUGAAGGGUUUACUGAUAUAGAUCAAGACACUUUGAAUGCAGUUUUAGAAAGGGAUACACUGCGCAUAAGAGAGGCGAAGAUAUUCGCCGCGGUCCUACGCUGGUCCGAGGCGGAAUGCACCCGACGCCAACUGCCGGUGACGCCUAACAACCAAAGAAUGGUUCUCGGCAGAGCGUUCCAUGCUAUACGUUUUCCAUUAAUGUCUGUUGAAGAAUUCGCAAUGGGCCCUGCACAGAGUGGUCUACUUGACGACAGAGAAAUAGUCCAGCUCUUCCUUUAUUUCACCGUCAAUCCAAAGCCCAAUGUAGGCUUCCUAGACACACCCAGAUGCUGUAUGACAGGAAAAGAGCUAACGGUGAAUAGGUUCUCCCAGACUGAAUCUCGGUGGGGCUACAGUGGCACAACUGAUAGGAUUAGGUUUACUGUUGAUCAGAGAAUUUUCGUUGUUGGCUUUGGACUAUACGGAUCAUACUUUGGACCCACCGAAUACGAAGUUCAUUUACAAAUAAUUCACUUAGCCACGAAGAAAGUUUGCGGCUCGAACACGACCACAUUCUGCUGUGACGGGACCGACGACACCUUCCGCGCCAUGUUCAAGGAGCCAGUGGAAAUAUUGCCAAACACGUCUUACAUCGCCAGUGCUAAACUGAAGGGUACAGAUUCGUACUACGGCACAAGAGGCCUGAGGCGCGUGACAGUCGAUUGCAACAACGGCGAAAAGGUCGUAUUCCAGUUCUCAUACGCAGCGGGGAACAACAACGGGACCUCCGUCGAGGAUGGUCAAAUUCCCGCCAUCAUAUUUUAUAUUUAGAACGUUAAUGUAUUUCCUAGUAAAAAUAUUUUUUGAAUAUGGCAACACAUUUCAUGAUAAACUAUUCUAGGCGGUUACAUGAUCUGGUUAUAAUCGGUACGCUUACUAAACGAUGAUGUUAUUAACUAUGUAAAUAUUCUGACGUUAUAUACGAAAAGGUCCGAUGAACGAAUUGUGAUAAAUUAUUUAUGAAUUUCAAAAUUCGUGUUACAUAUUGAAAAUUAAUAAUCUUCCAUUUUCGAAAUUACACGUGAUAUCAACGAAUCGGCAUCCAAAUUGCAUAUUUAAAAAAAAAAAACAAACAUCAAGGACAAGGUACAUCCG